AUGGAGGGUCCAUCGAAACACCCUCAUUUGGGCAGCGGAGGGGACGCCCCCCUGCUGAGAUGGGCCAAUGACGUGGAAAGCGGAGGGAUUCCCAUGGAAGAUUUCUCGAGCAUAUCGAGCGAGGAAGAUACCGGAUCGGAAUAUGACACCGAGCAAAGAACUAGAGAAAAACCUAACCACGAGAUAUGGAAUACGACAUCGAUUUGGGAUGGACUGAUGAAUUUACCGGAUGCAGAAGAAAUUACCGAUCUGAUAUCCAAAGAAGACAUGAAUUCGAUUUUGGAAUUAAACAAGGGUACUGCUCUGCUUUUGUCCUCAUGGUUAGGAAACCUAAAAGUACUGUAUGGUUGCAUCGAAGCAAGAGCUUCUUUAAAUACAGUCGAUGGAAAUGGAAGGACGGCAGUCCAUUUGGCCGCAUACGCCGGAAAAACGGACUGCCUGAGACUCCUGCUCGAACGGGGGGCGAAAGUAGACAGCUGGGACAGCAGCGGGCAAGUCACCCCCCUCCACUGCGCCUCGGGAGCGGGCAACCUCGACUGCCUCAGGCUGCUCGUGAAACACGGGGCCGACGUGAACGCGGGCCUGAGCGGCCCUUCCAGCAAGAGCCCUUUGUACCACGCUGUCCAGAGCAGCAUCGUGGACUGUGUGAGGGAGCUGCUGAAGGAGAACGCGUCUCCUAAUACGCCCCAGGUCUUCAGUGAAAGUCCUUUGCAUGUAGCAGCAGAACUGGGCAACUCAGAAACCAUGAAACUUCUUCUAGACCACGGAGCAGCAGUGGACGUCCAGUGCGGUCCAGAUAAAAUGACGCCCCUACACUUUGCUGCCGAGGAUGGUGACCUAGAAUGCGUGCGUUUACUCAUCAACGCAGGCGCCCAAGUAUCCUCAAGGAAUCAAAAAAGACAAACCCCUCUGCAUCUAGCAGCACUUGCGCAAAGCACGGAAACCAUAGGAUUCUUGUUGCGCAAAGGUGCCGACGUGAAUGCUUCAGAUUCUGAUGGCAGGACUCCUCUACACUGCUCCAUCGUCAAGGCAUCUCGGUCUUGUGAGUGCGUACGGUUGUUAUUGUGCGCGAGACCGAAUGUGAAUCAACCCGACAUAUUUGGAUAUACCCCCCUACAUCUGGCGGCUCUCAAUGAGUACUCUCACUGUGUCAUGUUGCUCAUCAACAACGGUGGAGAUGUCACUGCUAGAACGAACGGAGGCAUAUCGGUGCUUACUUUCAUCACAAGGAAAACGCCAGAUGUCAUAACGAAGUAUGUAAUGAAGUUUGAUAACUCUGUUAAGCUGAAUGAUCAUGAACUUGGGGAUGUAGACUGCGAACUCAAGCUGGACUUCAGGGUGCUAGUACCCAGCAUGGGCAACAAAGAAUCUGAGCUGCUAUUGAACUUUAUCGAAGUUGGUCACAAAGAAGUACUGAAACACCCCCUUAUUGCUACAUUCUUAUUCUUGAAAUGGAGGCGGAUAAGAAAGUUCUUUCUGUUUAGUUUGCUCUAUCACACAUUGUUCGUGUGCAUUUUCACUUUCUACAUAAUCGGGGUGUAUUUGAGAAAUUGUAGCGAAGCAGAAGGUUCAGGAAAACUCUGUUCAGUUCCGGAGUAUGUAAAAACAGUUGGUUAUGUGCUGCUUUUUCUCAAUAUACUGGUGUUGGCCAAAGAAUUUUUUCAAAUAGCACACAACUGGUGGAUAUAUGUGAAAGAGUGGGAGAAUUGGUUACAGCUGAUGAUUGUAUUGAGCGUUUUUUGCUGUGUCCAGCCUACUUACCAUAUGAAUGUACAAAAGGACGUUUUCAUCUGGCAACACCAUGUUGCAGCCAUUUCAAUUUUUUUAGCUUGGGUCGAGCUGAUGAUGAUAGUAGGACGUUUCCCAAUGUUUGGCCUAUACAUUCAAAUGUUCACGAGGGUAUCAAUAAACUUCGGCAAAUUCAUGUUGGCAUAUUUCUGCCUCUUCAUAGCGUUCUCUUUGAGUUUUGGUGUGAUUUUCGGUAACUAUCCAGCCUUCAACGACCUGAAGUGGGUUCUUUUGAAAGUGAUAAUAAUGAUGUCUGGGGAGUUAGAAUAUGAGGAUGUAUUUUUUCCUGAGGAUAAACAACAUGGUAUCAGGUAUCCUUACACAGCACACCUGAUGUAUCUGUGUUUUGUGUUACUCGUGACAGUUAUUCUAACUAAUCUCCUUGUUGGUUUAGCAGUAAGCGACAUCCAAGGAUUGCAGCAGAGUGCAGGGUUGGACAGAUUAGUAAGACAAGCAGAACUAGUUGCUCAUUUGGAAAGUAUGUUAUUUUCCAGACUACUGACCUGCGUGCCCCAGAAAUUAAUGAAUUAUCUUCAUUCCCAUGCGCUUCUUCUGAGAUCACAGUACCACUGGGCACUAUAUAUAAGACCAAACGAUCCUAGGGAAGGAAGAAUUCCCAGACCACUCAUACAACAUAUUUAUCAACUUGUCGUCGAGAAGAAAGAAAGACCAAAGAAAAGGAACAAACUGUCCAAAUUGGAUUAUUACUAUGAUGCAGUUUCACCAUCUUUAUCGAGGUUGAGUUCUUAUAGUGAUUGUUUGAGACAUGAGAAGUAUCCGAGAAGCAAAAGCCAAAUGGUGAUGUUGAGGGCACAAGUAGAUGAGGCAGCUAGAGAAUUCAUGGAACAAAAUAAAAUGUUCCGGCAGAAAUUUGAUAGAAUCUAUCAGGUCCUGAAUAACCAAAAAUGA